AUAUAUGGACAUCAUUAUUCACACCUUUCUGUUAACCAAAUUACAUUAAGUCUUCUGAUUGAAGAUAAAGCGAUGUCUUCCGAUGUAACAAUUGCAGACAUUGUCGACUUUGUUAGAGUGUAG